AGUCAUCCAAACAGCAACAGUGGUGGCAGUACAGAUAAACAGCUGAUAAGAUGUUCCCUUUCUUUGUGAUCAGCGUGGAUUUUCCACUGAAUUAAUUUCCUGUGUGGACUCAUUUCUGCUGCUACUUCUGAGCUAAAUAUAAGGUACACAUCAGCAGUGGUUGCUGGCAUAGGAUAUCAUGGCGAUGCGGGAGCUGGUGGAGGCGGAGUGUGGCAGCGCAAAUCCGCUGAUGAAGCUGACAUCCCACUUUACCCAGGACAAGGCACUGCUUCAAGAAGGCAUACGGCAACCACUUUGGCCCCCUGGUGCAGGUGGGGCAAGCAGUGUGGUUUCUCCUCCACUAGGAGUAGCUACAGAAGAAGAGCUAGUGGCAGAGUUUCUGCAGGACCAGAAUGCAUCACUCUUGUCACGUGCUCCCCACACUUUCAAGAUGGAUGACCUCCUGGCUGAAAUGCAAGAAAUUGAGCAAUCAAGCUUUCGCCAUGCACCUCAGAGAGCCCCAGGUGUGGCAGAUCUAGCACUUUCUGAGAACUGGGCUGAAGAAUUCUUGGCCACUGAACAGACAGUGGACACCGCUCAGGACUUCAACGAAUCGGACUGGUCUAAAGAAUUCAUUGCAGAAGUCACAGAUCCCUUAUCUGGGUCACCAGCGAAGUGGGCAGAACAAUACUUGGAGCAAUCAGAAGAGAAACUUUGGCUUGGAGAUUUUGAGAAGGAGAAGAAUGCUGAAGAAAAAUGGGUGGAGGAGUACCGGCCUGAGGAUGAGCUACGAAUGGCAGCGAAUGAGUUUCUUUCCAAGGUGGAUGACCCAAAAUUCUCAAACUCUGAGUUCAUGAAGUUCAUUAGGCAGAUUGGCCAGGGAGAACUGAGCAUACAGGAAAACAGUGUCCAGUUUCAGUCGAUUCCACGUGAUGAGGCAGAAAUUUGGGCAGAUGAGUUUGUGCAGGAGCAGCAGCAGCAAGAACAUCUACAGCAGGUAGGACACUUACAAUCUGAAAAAGAACCUUCUGCUGUAUCGGAUGUGUGGGUUGACGAGUUUGCCAAGAGGGGCAAUCUCAACAUGGACUUGGAGUACCAGAAGGCCAAGGCAGCCGUCGAGUCUGAUGUAGAUUUUUGGGACAAGCUGCAGGCUGAAUGGGAAGAAAUGGCAAAGCGAGAUGCAGAGGUACAUCCGUGGCUUACGGACUUUGAAGAGCUCUCUGCCUCAAGCUUUGACAAGGGUUAUACAUUUGAAGAAGAUAACCCUCUCAAAGACCACCCACAUGCAUUUGAGGAAGGACUGAAACGGCUUCAGGAGGGUGAUCUGCCCAAUGCAGUGUUGCUUUUUGAAGCAGCUGUACAACAGCAACCAGAGCACAUGGAGGCCUGGCAGUAUCUUGGUACGACUCAAGCAGAAAAUGAGCAGGAGCUGGCAGCCAUUAGUGCCCUGCGCAGAUGUCUGGAGUUAAAGCCUGACAACUUGACUGCAUUGAUGGCACUAGCUGUAAGCUUCACCAAUGAGGCACUUCAGAAACAAGCAUGUGAGACGCUUCGGGACUGGUUGCACUACAACCCAAAGUACAGUCACCUUGUGAAAGAAGAUACAGCUACUGGACCUCAGCGCCGAGCUUUUGGCUCCCUGCUGUCUGAUUCCCUUUUUGCAGAAGUGAAGGAGCUCUUCCUUGAAGCAGUACAAAGCAAUACGUCUGAGAUAGAUCCUGAUGUACAAUGUGGCCUUGGUGUACUCUUCAAUCUGAGUGCUGAAUUUGAUAAAGCAGUGGACUGUUUCAAUGCAGCACUCAGUGUUCGCCCCAAUGAUUACCUUUUAUGGAAUAAGCUGGGUGCUACACUAGCAAAUGGGAACCACAGUGAGGAGGCAGUUGAAGCGUAUCGGCAUGCAUUGGAGCUUCAGCCAGGCUAUAUCCGAUCUCGUUACAACCUGGGGAUCAGCUGCAUCAACUUAGGAGCACACAGGGAGGCAGUUGAACAUUUUCUAGAAGCACUGAACAUGCAGAGGAAGAGUCGUGGUCCACAAGGUGAGCGUGGUGCCAUGUCAGAUAACAUCUGGAGCACUCUGCGCAUGGCACUGUCCAUGCUAGGACAAAGCAGUCUGUACAGUGCAGCAGAUAAUCAUGACCUUGAUAUACUGAUGAAGGAGUUUGGAAUGACGCAGUGACAAGUGAUUGGGAUUCAGGACAAUGUGGCUUGUGAGUGCAUGACAAACAGCAAAGAAGGUGUCUGCUUUGGAUCCCUGGUUCCUUCUGCACAAAUGUAGAUUAACAUUGGGUGGUCUGAACUAAUGCAUUUUCAGUACAGAUACCAUUAUGACUUCAGUGCACUCUAAGCUCUUCCCAAUUGCAACCACUUCUUGGGCAAUAAUAUUUGCAGCACUCAUUUCAGUAUGCUAUUUUUGCUGAGAAUCACCAAUGUCUCUGAAGGAGCUGCCUAAUUUCUCUUCCUUUUUUUUUUCCAAGUGUGCAUUUUAGGUUGUGGCCCUGUCUAAAACAUAUGAUAUCUGUUUGUGAUCAUUGCAUCCAUUGCCCUGUUUAUCAGUCAGUAGUCCAUCUCCAUUUUACAUGUCAAGUGUGGAUUCCAUUGAUGUGUUUGAAAGAGUGAGGGAGAGAGGGAGACCUUCCAGAGCUUUCACACUCUUAAAUGAGUUGGAUGUUCUUUGUACCCAGGAUUUGCCUUUACUUUUUUUAUCGCAAAAAGAGGCAGCUGUUAAUAAGGCACUUGGCAGCUGCACAAAGUUUUGAGGACCUUGUGCUGUUUUUGUAAUCACAUGUCUUGUGGCAGACUGUAAACUUGUGAUAUGUUUUGUUGAGACCUUUGUUAAUUUCCCCUGUCAUUUUAACCAUCACUGCUAUUCAGGUUUGAGCAGCUUUACAGUAUUAGGAUGGGAUUCCCUUCUGUACUUCUUUUCCGUAGUAAAUUAUUUAUUAAUACUCUUGACUUUCUAUCUUUGCAUUGAGAAGCUGGUACUCCCUUCCACACAGUUGGUGUUUGCAAUUUGAUGCCACCAAUGUCUUUUUCUUAUAACUUAUCCUCCAGUUAUAGUGAACUUCUCAGGCAGCGUUCAUUGAUUUUGUGUGUACAGCUCCUACACUGCCUUUCCUAGGUGUUGAGAUAUUUAAACUUUGACAAUAACACUAAAGAUCUGAGUAAAAAUCAAGUUUGUUUAUUAAUAUCUGUAGCCUCAUUAGACAUGGUAACCUGUAUUACUAGAAAGUGUAACACUAUAGGUUGCACAGUAACAAAUGUCAUUUGCAUUUUUCAAACUUGUAGACCUGUGCAAAAUCUUUUUAUGUGAAGAGUUGAUUAAAAAAAAGUCCAUCUUUGUGCAGAUUCCCCCUUAUGAAACCCAUUUGUUUCCUGGGAUUAGAGCUUGAUGGUCCAUUUUUUCCCUAGUUAUGAGUUUAAUGAAGCAGUGCAGUGUCAUCAUCCAUAUGAUAGAGAUCGGAGUUUUUCUUUUUGGACGUAUAUUGCUUUAGCGUGCCUGUAAGUGUCCAUGGUCUGGAAUCCAGUGGGUCUCUGAGAAGUAUGUCCACACCUAGACAUGAGAUGUAUUGUGCUUCCGUUAUUACAAUUUCAGCAGAGGACUUUUUUUUUAAUUAUUAUUUUUAAAGUUGAGAAGGGUGCCAGAUGAAAGGAGUGCACCAGGCAACAGACUGGGUAGCUAAGACUCUAGCAAAGUUAGUGUCUUACUGAUACUGUUAGAGUUAUUAUUCCUUUUCUACUACUUCCACUUCUACAACACCUACUACUCUCACUACUACUACUACAUCUACUACUCCUACUACUCCCACUGCUACGACUACUACACCUACUACUCCCACUA